UGUGCGGCGGUUGUUGACACUCGGCGGCGGGAAAGGCCCAGAGCGGCGGAGAGGCCCAGAGCGGCGGGAGAGGUCCGGGGAGGCGGAGAGGUCCGGGGAGGCGGAGAGGUCCGGGGAGGCGGGUACACUUCACGUCAGAUACUCGCGGCCUGAGCUCGAGACCACAGGGGCCAACAUGCCGGAAAGGGACAAUGAACCGUUUUCCAACCCCCUGGCACCGGACUCACACGAGGUGGAAGAUCCUCGGUCGUUGAACCAGUCCAAACUGACCAAUGAGGACUUCCGAAAGUUGUUGAUGACCCCACGGUCAACGCCAUCAUCUGCUCCACCUUCGAAAACACGGCAACAUGAGAUGCCACGGGAAUACAACGAGGAGGAUGAUCCCGCCGCCCGAAGGAGGAAAAAGAAAAGCUACUACGCAAAGCUGCGGCAGCAGGAGCUGGAGCGAGAGAGGGAGCUGGCGGAGAAAUACCGGGACCGAGCACGGGAGAGAAGAGACGGCGUCAACAAAGAUUACGAGGAGACGGAACUUAUCAGCACAACAGCAAACUACAGAGCGGUGGGACCCACAGCGGAAGCGGAUAAAUCCGCGGCUGAGAAACGCCGACAGCUGAUCCAGGAGUCCAAGUUUUUGGGUGGUGACAUGGAGCACACUCACUUGGUGAAAGGCUUGGAUUUCGCUCUGUUGCAAAAGGUCCGUGCGGAAAUCACCAGCAAAGAGAGAGAGGAAGAGGAUCUGAUUGAGAAGGUGCAGAAGGAAGUCAAAAAAGAUGAAGAUCCUGAAAACAAGAUUGAAUUUAAGACGCGUUUAGGCCGAAAUGUAUACCGUAUCCUGUUCAGGAUCAAAUCUCACGAGCGCAAUGAGUUGUUCCUGCCCGGGCGCAUGGCCUACGUGGUGGACCUGGACGAUGAAUACGCAGACACUGACGUGCCGACCACCCUGAUCAGGAGCAAAGCCGACUGCCCCACCAUGGAGGCGCAGACCACGCUGACCACAAACGACAUCGUGAUCAACAAACUGACGCAGAUCCUGUCCUACCUGCGACAGGGGACCCGCAACAAGAAGCUGAAGAAGAAGGAUAAAGGUAAACUGGGAGCCGAUGAGAAGAGGCCUCCAGAGGCUGAUAUAAGCAUCUUCGACGACAUUGGGGAUUACGUGCCGACCACAGCCAAAGUCGUCCGAGAGAAGGAGCGGGAGAAAUACCGGGAGAAGGAACGGGAGAGAGAGCGUGAACGAGAGCGGGAGAGAGAGAGAGAGCGUGAGAGGGAGCGAGAGAGGGAGAGGGACGAGGAGAAAAAGUCUAGACACAACUAUUUUGAGAAGCCAAGAGUGGACGAUGAGCCAUUGGAAUUAGAGAGCGGUCCCGGAACAGCCAAAGAUCUGAUCAAAUCCAUCAACGAGAAAUUUGCGGGAACGGCAGGGUGGCAGGGAGCCGAAUCGGUGAAGAGACCGGAUGACAAGAAGCGCCUGGGAGAUUUCUUUGGGACAUCGGACAGUUAUGCGGAAUGCUACCCUGCCACGCUGGACGACAUGGCAGUGGACAGUGACGAGGAGGUGGACUACAGUAAAAUGGAUCAGGGCAAUAAGAAAGGGCCACUAGGACGCUGGGACUUUGACACUCAGGAGGAAUACAGUGAAUACAUGAACAACAAGGAGGCGUUGCCCAAAGCUGCUUUCCAGUACGGCAUCAAAAUGUCUGAGGGACGUAAGACCCGGAGGUUUAAGGAAACAAACGAGAAAGCGGAGCUUGAUCGACAGUGGAAGAAAAUCAGUGCGAUCAUUGAAAAGAGAAAGAAGAUGGAGGCUGAAGGUGUGGAGGUGAAGAGGCCCAAGUACUGAGAGCCGGGCCGUGUUUGCCACCUGGUGUGUCACGUUCCUGCAUCCUGAUCCUCAUCCACGUCACCUGCGUUUAACACCAUCUCUGACUUCUCUCCCGCUCCUCUCUGGGAAUGCACAGCGGACUGGGACUUGGGAGCGCUUAACCCUCGGAAGGUUCAAUUCCAGCCUUUCUGAGGAUUCGAGUCUUGAACCGGGAAGAAAACAAAAAAACAAACCCACACGUUACCGGGAGCCUCAGAAGCGCUGAGUAUCUGCAGUUUGAAGCAAAUACUUUUUUAAAAUAUUCUCUAAAUUGAUUUUCAGUGUAGAAUUAGCCCUUUUACCAUUUGUGUUCUCUUUGUACUAUUCUGUAAAUGCAGUAAAGACAAAAUCUCUGGUUAAA